AUGUCCGAUCUCCAAUACUAUGCAUAUCCCACGACAGGCGAGGAAAAAUUAAAGCAGCAUGGUUACAGCCAAGCUGUUCGAGUAGGCGAUCGCAUUGAGUGCGCUGGUCAAGGCGGCUGGGAUCCACACAGCGGACAAUACCAUCUCGAAAUCAACGCGCAAAUCGACCAAGCCUUCGCCAACGUCGAGUUAAAUCUGCAGCACGCGGGCGGCCUCGGCUGGAGCCAAGUCUUCCGCGUGAAUUCCUAUCACGUGCCGAUGAGCGACGAAGCUCUCGCGGCCAUGACGCGGAAUUUCAAAAAGUGGAUGCCGCACCAUGCCCCCAUUUGGACGUGUGUGGGGGUGGCGAGACUAGGGGAUGAGGAGAUGAAAGUGGAGAUUGAGGUUGUGGCGCUGGAUGCCGAGGGGGCGGAGAAGGCGAGGGAGGCGGGGAAGAGGUGA